GCAAACAAGCUAAUGAGAUCGAUAGGCGUGCGCGCAUAUCAAUACAAACACUUUAUAGUAAAUAAGAGUUUUGUAUUUUCUAGUCUUCGGUACAUCCUAAUCACAGUAUUAUAUAAUUUGUGACAGUGAUCGUUUGGACAAAGAACUAAUGUCGUCAGCAUAUUAUUAGAUAAUAAUCCUCAAAUCUAAUCUGCCUAACUGUAAUUGAUCGAUGUCUAACUCAGUGUCGACAUUGGAGUGGUACUGCUGUAGCUGAUGCAAAAGAAGUCACUCGUAAGUUGAAUAAUGCAAUAUUAUUGAGGUGAAACAUUAUCCAGUGUGAAAGAUAUAUGGGCAAAAUGAAGGAAAACGGCGUUCGGAAUCGCCAGAAGAAUGGGAAGCAGAAUGGAAAGCAGAAUGGAGUGACAAAACACGAAGAUGAGAAGAAAGAUGAAGAGUUCUCCAUUCGUCAGUCUCCCCUGACGGAGCUCAUAGACUCGUCACUACAUAUAAGAGCUAUAUACCACAUAUUCGUCGUCAUACUCAUAAUGCUGCUUUGUGAUACAGUUAUUUACGAUCUCGUCGAAAGAGGAAAGAUAAACAUAGGGCUGUCCGUUAUUGCAGCGGGAUUUGGUGACAUUAGACGUGGCCUGAAGUUAUGGGUGUAUGAUCUCUGCGUCGUAAUGGCAUUCUACCCCUUAAUCAUGGUUUACGCAGCUAUAACAAAAUACACAAGAAAAUAUACAGUCCUGCGUCCUGCGGUGGUGCUGCUGGGUGUUGCUGGUGUGAUAGCCGUGGAAGUGGCAAUAGCUGCAGUACCAGUGGUGGAACUCGCCAGGAAACAUCUAGAACUCGGCUCUUCAGUGGCCGUCACAUGUGAAAUGUUCCGUUUCCUAAUGAAAAUCGUGGCGGUCUCAGCUGCUUGCGGGCCGCGCUGCCUCAACGGGCACCUACCACGCCCGACCUUCAAACACUACGUAUACUUCAUGUUCUCCCCAACACUGCUCUACAGAGAUCAAUAUCCCAGGACCAACAAAAUCAGAUGGGGCGUGGUGGCGUUCCACCUAAGCGAGGUGGCGGCCAUUAUAUUCUACAACUGCUUUCUUUGGGAGAGGUUCAUUAUGCCCUACUGGUCUGAUUACGGCAAGGAGCGCACGGUGGAGGCGGGUUACCUAGUGCGGGGAAUGUUCGCGUGCGUGCUACCAGGGGUGAUAUCGUUCCUGUGCGGCUUCUACUGCGUGCUGCACGCCUGGCUCAACGCCUGGUCAGAGAUGCUCAAGUUUGGAGAUCGUUUGUUCUAUGAGGACUGGUGGACGACAUCUCGGUUCUCGCUGUACUACCGUCGCUGGAACCGCGUGGUGCACUCCUGGCUUCGUGACCACAUCUACCUCCCACUGGCACCGUUGACAGGCCGCCCGUUGGCUACGUUCACCGUCUUCUUCGUAUCAUCGAUAGCGCACGAAGUGAUUCUGGCGCUGUCAUUUGGCUUCUUCUACCCAGUGCUGCUGGUGGAGUUCGGAGUGCUUGGCGUUAUCAUGGUACCGCUGACGGCUACCAGCGGCAAGCGGUUCCCUAACGCCUUCAACUUAAUCAUGUGGCUUAGCUUCUUUAUUGGAAACGGAAUCCUGUGGAGUCUAUACCCAAUGGAAUACUUCGCUCGGCGCAACUGUCCACCUUCAGAGAACGACAGUUUCUUCAUACCAAAGUCCUGGACGUGUCCAGAAGUCAUUUUAAAACCAAACUGGACAUUCCAGAAUCCUUUACGUAUUUUGUCAAACUAAAAACGAUUUUAAUAAGUACCUAUAGGUUACAUUAUAAGUAGUUUGAAUGUUAUUUUUAUACGUUUUCAAUAAAAAACCUUAUCGUA